CAUACGCAAUACACGCAAACACAACAGCGAGUACUUCUUGACAGCGACUCUACUCUAUAACGUUGUAAACAAACAGCACUGAAAACAGUGAGAAAAAACAGCAUUUCAUAAGUGAUUGCAAAAUAACAUAUGAUUUGCAAUUGUCUGACGAGUGACUAAUCGUUUGCCAUCACUACUACUUCCCAAGACAUCAACGCUCGCCAUAUUAGUCACCAAUUGAUCCGCAUUUCAAUCAACACUAGUUGUAUAUCAUUGGUUGCGGCGGUUGUGGUAGUGGUGGUGGUGUUGAAGGUAUACCAUCGGGAAGUGCUCGACAACAACAACAACAACAACGACCAAAACAGCGAUCAAAAUGUGGUUCAUAUCGUGGAUCUCAUCGCAAGUGGGAACCAGUGAAGAGUCCGUACAACUGAUGGUAUGUCUGGUGGUGUCGUACGUGAUAUCCGUGGUCUACAACACGGCUGUAUUGGGCGCCGGAGUGACCGCGAAGUCCGUCAAACUCUUGUAUUAUCUCGUGUCGGGAGUGGCGCUGGUCUACACGUAUUGCGGUCAUCACGUGAUCCACUCGAUGGCUGUGUGUCUGUUGUGUUACGCUAUGAUCAGGUGGUGUCCCAUACGGGCGGCUCUGGUGGUCAAUAUGACGGUUCCGUUGGUGUAUCUCCUCGUCGGCUGUUAUGCCACACAAAUCGGUUCAAUCUAUACCAUCGGUUGGACUCUUCCUCAAUGUGUGCUCACUCUGAGACUCAUUGCCAUCACAUUCGAUGUCUUCGACGGCCGACGGAAUGACGCCAUCGCUAACAAACUCAAAGACAGUGACAAACAACAGGACACGGAACCGGUGCUGAUCAACGCCGACACAGCAGUACUACGAAUGCCUACACUAUUGGAGUUCUUGAGCCACUGUUACUUCCCGUCCACUAUAUUAGUGGGUCCUCUCAUAUCGUACCGCAAAUACCAGUCAUAUAUCGAGUCAAACGAGAGCCGACUGUCCGACUGCUGGCAAUUGGCCGCCGGACGCCUGUCUCUCGGCCUCCUUUACCUCGGGUUCUAUGUCUUAGGCACCCAUUACUGGCCGCAGGAGUAUCUCCUCAGCGAUCACUUCAUGGCCAGCAGUUUCUGGUGGAAAGUGACGGCAAUAGCGGUUGUAUGCAAAGUAGGAAUGACUAAAUACUUGGCCACUUGGCUCAUAGCCGAGGGCUCGUGUAUGGUGUCGGGCGUCUCGUGGACGGGACAGCACUACUACGGCUGCGCUAAUGUCCACAUCUGGCACUUCGAGACGACGGCCACCUUCAACGGUGUGAUCAAGUCAUUCAACUUAACCACUAAUAACUUCGCCGCCAUUUAUCUGUUCAAGAGAUUGAAAUUUCUGGGCAACCGAACCGUGAGUCAAGCGCUGACACUACUAUUCCUGGCCGUAUGGCACGGCAUGUGUUCCGGUUAUUUCGUUACCUUUCUAUUGGAGUUUAUGAUCAUCAAAAUGGAGAGCGAAGUGUUGGCCAAAGUGGCCAAACGGCGCCAGCGGUGGCCACUACUCGACCGACUGCUGGACACACUGGCCGUCAAAGCGUUGGUGUUUGCGGUGUUCCGGGUCUACACGAUAUACCUGUUAGGCUAUAGCUUUAUGCCAUUCAUGCACUUACAAUACCCCCAAUGGUUUGAUAUCUAUCGGGAGGUCUACUUCUACGGCCACGUCAUCACAAUUGCGUGGCUUUUUGUCGCACCCUUUGUGUGAUGUCUUAUCACGUGUUUAGUUGUGACGCAAAUACGGAGCCAAUGGUCGACACAAAGACUCAAACAAAUCUACUUUUAAAUAAUUAUGUUUUAAAACGUUUUUUAAUCAAGAAUUCAAUUGACAUUUACUUUUGAUGUAAAAGUUUCACUACUUUUAGGCAUAUUUUAGUUUAAAUUUAAUUUAUUUGUCAAUCAAAUCAUACAAAUCCUUGAGUUUUUCCCGACUUUAUAUGAAA